AUGCGAGGUAAAGUCUGGGCGGCCGUGACACAAGCUUUUAAAAUGCCAAUGUCUCUCAUAAGGCGAAUGAUAUCAAACCUGAUCAGUCGAGUGUUGAUGAGCACGCUGCCAUCCCCGAAGAUGUCUGCUCAAACGAUAACUGACUGUAAUAGAAGGAAAAUGGUUGUUGGGCUGGGAAACCCUGGCAUGAAUGGCUCUCGACAUAGUGUUGGUAUGGCUGUGCUCACAACGUUAGCUGAACGAUUGGGAGCGCCGGAUAGCUGGAGAUCUGACCGACAGGUUUCAGGAGAAGUCAUUGUGACACAACUUCAGGAUAUCCAGUUGGUUCUUCUUCGACCCAAGUUGCUAAUGAACAUCAAUGGCGUGAGUGUGGCAAAAGCAGCCAGCAAAUAUUUAAUUUCACCUGAACAUAUUUUCUUGAUUCACGAUGAGCUGGACAAACCACUUGGAAAGUUCGGCAUUAAACAUGGUGGAAGUGCAAGGGGUCACAAUGGUGUGAGAUCAUGUGUGGACUGCCUUCAUACUGAUGUGAUGCCACGGUUGCGUGUUGGUAUUGGGCGACCGUCGGGUAAAACGUCUGUUGACCGUUAUGUUUUAGGACGUUUUUCACAAGAGGAACAAAAUGUACUAGACUCUGUCAUGAAGCAGAGUGUAGAUGUUCUGCUGACAUAUAUCACAGACUCGCAACCCCAGACUUCUCCAGCAGAGGGAAGAAGAGCGUCACGUAAGAAUAAAUCCAGGACGCCUUCACCACCUCAGGACACCACAGAAGAGCAGAAACAGAGCUGACCUGCACAUUAGAUGUUUGAUAACUCUAUUUCUUUUCUGAAGGAGUUGAGUUUUAUGAUGCCAUGUUUAGAUCCCCAGAAGAGGGAAGGACACUGUCAUAAAGGACAAAACCAAAUUUGACAUCUGUGCAUAGUAAUUUCUGAUAACUCUGUACUGAAGGAGCUUUGUUGGGUCUCUUCCAUAUUCCAAGUUCAGUAUAUUGGGAGGCAGCAGCCUGUGUUUCAUGCUCUAUUAUAGUAUCUAUAACAGGUUUUCCCAAUUUUGGAUUUGCAAACCCCUAUAGAUUUCUGGAGGAAAUGCAGAAGAUUCAAUCAAUUAGAAAUGCCAAUGCAGUAAAAAUGUAUAUGGCUU